AUGCGGCUAGACGCAUUCCUCAGGAUGGUGUCCUGUACCCAAGGCGACAUUUGUUACAUCAUCGGGGCGAAGACUGGCUUGGUGAACGACUCGCUCUACUUUAUCGGUGGCAACUACAGUGUCGUUUCUCUCGACGGCCAAACCAUCUCACCUAGUACAACAUUGUAUUCGCUGGAUGUCAAUAAUCAAUUUCCCGUGGAGAGAUCUAUUCCCCAAUCGCUUCUCACUGAUACCACUAUUGCGUCGCAAAUCACAGCCGCCUACAAUAGCUCGCUGAUCGGAAGUAAUGGCGACGCCGCUGGAGCCCUCUGGCAUACAAAUGACACCAUCUAUAUUUUUGGCGGCGGUUUUGAAACCCCCACGAACAGUGUAUCAUCAUACAAUGUCCGAACUAGCGAGUGGAAAGAAGUAGAGGUAAAAGGCGGUAGCUUUAAUUUUGGUAACCGAAGCUCUGCGCAGUACGUCAGUGUCCCAGAAAGGAAUCUUGGCUUUGUUGGAAUGAUUCGAUUUGAUGCGUCAGAUCCAAAUAAUCUCUCUUGGACAAAUGAGACGCUGGGAAACGGUUCAUACGGUGCAGACGUUCCGAAUUUAGAUUCUGGCACCAUGGUGUAUGUUCCUGCAGGAAAGGAGGGGAUGCUCAUUAGCUUUGGAGGAUCGAAUGUUGCUGAAGGAAUUAACCCUGCUUGGGGCUGGCCGUACGACUCGGAUUGGUAUACGAUUUACGUCUACGACAUUGCGUCACAUACAUGGUGGCAGCAACUAGCAUCAGGUAAUGCGCCGAGCCAUACAGGUUCCUUUUGCGCGGCUGUCACGACAUCACCGGAUAACGAUGCCUUUCACAUAACGACAUAUGGAGGAUGGAGCUUAAAUAAUGGGCGGUCGUAUGAGGAUGUACAUAUUCUGAGUCUUCCAUCAUUUACCUGGAUCAAUGCUACACUUCUAUCCAACAAAAGCAAUAAAGAAGAACAGGUCAACUCGACGAUUGGUCGAGACAGCAUCACUGGAGGUUGUCAAACAUACAGAGGCGCGCAAAUGAUUGUUCUCGGCGGCGAUAUCCGUGCUGGUGCUUAUCGACUUACCAAUGGGGCAUGCAACGAUGUAUUCUCACCAGUUCGAGUGCUGGAUCUUUCCACGUACGUGUGGCAAACCGAGCUCAACAAUAGUGCCAGCUACGAGGUUCCGGCUGUCAUUUAUAACGCAAUUGGCGGAGGAGCAACCGGUGGCGCAACGUCCACAGCUCCGGCCGCUGGCUUCGCAGACCCAACUCUGGCCUCUUUGAUUCAAUUGCGCGUCACCUCGGCCACGAGUACUUCUAUCCCAACAUCCUCAGUUCCUACUCCUACUCCUACUCCUACUCUUAAUCCAUCAGGGGUAGCGUCUGAAAGCCACUCCAGCUCUGUGAAUGCUGGCGCUAUUGUGGGAGGUGUUGUGGGUGGCGUAAUAGGGCUGGGACUAGUUGCGGCUUUUGUAUGGUUUCUAUUUAAGCGAAAUCAUAGCCAAGAGGAGAGUCCGGAGAUCGAACAAAAGAAUGCAGCGAAAGUAUUCCCGAGCAUACCGCAAGAGAUGGAAACGCGCCUGCCACAAAAACCGGAGGCAGAUAGUGGUCCGAUUUUCGAGAUGCCCGAGACAACGAAGUAG